AUGAAUCCAACUCGUCCCAUAACGAACAUACUGCGGACUGCGUCUAGAACGACUCGGACCAAUGUCUCGAGGCCUCGAAGUCAACGUGUAGUAUCACAGCCAUGGGCACACAGCCGCACCAUACACCAGAGUAGCAAACGGACAGCCCAAGCAGCAGCCGCACCUGCUAUUGAACCAGCGAUACCAGAUGUCCCGAUAUCAUCGAAUCCACAGCUAGCAUUUCCCUGCUUAGACAACGUAGAAGAGCGAACACAGAGGAUUAGCAGUAGAAGAUCGGCAACAUCAGGACCAGAACCUUCAUACACGAGUGGCAAGCACGAGACAUUCCGCUCUGCUGAGCCCAUAUUACUGGACUGGGGAGGUGUGCUACCUAGCUUCGAUGUCGCAUACGAGACAUGGGGUACACUAAACACGGACAAGAGUAAUGCGAUCUUACUUCACACUGGACUGUCUGCGAGCAGUCAUGCUCACAGUACAGAGGCGAACCCGAAGCCAGGAUGGUGGGAGAAGUUCAUCGGGCCCGAUGCACCGCUGGACACGAACAAGUACUUCGUCAUCUGCACGAAUGUGCUAGGCGGUUGCUAUGGGAGUACAGGACCAGCGAGUCUGGAUCCUGUUAGCAAGCAGCCGUAUGCCACCAGCUUCCCUAUCUUGACCAUGCAAGAUAUGGUACGGGCCCAGUUCCGACUAUUGGAUUACCUGGGCAUUUGCAAGCUAUAUGCCAGCGUAGGAAGUAGUAUGGGCGGCAUGCAGUCAUUAGCGGCAGGGGUGAUGGAACCCGACAGGGUACCGCGUAUCGUGUCAAUAUCUGGAUGUGCGAGAAGUCAUCCUUACAGUAUCGCAAUGCGACAUACACAGCGACAAGUCCUCAUGAGCGAUCCAAAUUGGGCACAGACUCGUGGCAAUUAUUAUAGCGCACUUCCGCCACAUCAAGGCAUGAAGCUUGCCCGACAAAUCGCAACCGUCACUUACCGAUCUGGACCUGAAUGGGAGAAGCGCUUUGGUCGGAGGCGAGCAGAUGGUAGUCGCCCACCAGCCCUGUGUCCGGACUUCCUCAUCGAGACAUAUCUCGAUCAUGCGGGCGAGAAGUGGUGUCUAGAAUAUGAUGCCAAUAGUCUGCUCUACGUAAGCAAAGCGAUGGAUCUGUUCGAUCUGGGCAAGGAGAUGCAGGAUUCCACUACGAUUCGCAAACGCAACAAUGCGGGAAGAUUACAAGAUGCCGUGAGUCGGCAGCUUUCAGCAGAUGUCUGCAGUUUGGCACUUCCCGACGAGCCGUACGAGGAGAAGGAGUCUUCUGCUGAUAUCAUGGAUGGAGAGACGCCGGGGUCAUCUAGUCUGGGCUCUACGUCUGAGGAUUUGGUCAAGGGGAUGGCUCCUCUUCGCGAUACACCAGCGCUGGUCUUGGGCGUGGCAUCAGAUAUUCUAUUCCCUGCUUUCCAGCAGCGCGAGAUUGCCGACACAUUGCGGAGAAUAGGUAACAGACGGGUGACGCAUGUUGAGCUGGGCGAGGACAGGUCUCUGUUUGGACAUGAUACUUUCUUGCUUGAUCUUGAGGGUGUGGGUGGCGAGAUCAAGAAGUUCCUGGAUUACUUAGGUUGA